AUGGUCCUCAUCUUGGUCAUUCUUAUUCCAGUUCUAGUCAACUCUGUGGGCUCUGAUGGCCACUAUGAAAUGCUUGGCACUUGUCGCAUGGUUUGUGACCCCUACCUUGGCAAAACUGGGACCACUACCACUAGUACCAACAUCCGAGCUGGCACUGGAGCUGAACCUCUGAGUGAUAAAGGACAGCCAGCGCCUUCAACUUUAGUGCAAGGUCCUCAAGGCAAAGCUGGACGUCCCGGAAAGCCAGGUCCACCUGGAGAACCUGGCGAACAAGGGCCACCAGGUCCAGUUGGACCUCCAGGAGAGAGAGGAGAGCCAGGAAAGCCUGGUCCACCGGGGUUACCUGGAGGAGGGGUAAAUGGUGCCUUUAGCACAGCCACCUACACAACUAUCCCACGGGUGGCCUUCUACGCUGGUUUGAAGAACCCUCAUGAGGGGUAUGAGAUUCUUAAAUUUGAUGAUGUGGUCACCAACCUUGGUAACAAUUAUGAUGCAUCCAGUGGACGAUUUAGCUGUACUGUACCAGGCACUUAUUUUUUCACCUACCACGUGCUAAUGAGAGGUGGAGAUGGCACUAGUAUGUGGGCAGAUCUGUGCAAAAAUGGCCAGGUUCGUGCAAGUGCGAUUGCUCAAGAUGCUGACCAGAAUUAUGACUAUGCCAGUAAUAGUGUUAUACUGCACUUGGAUGCAGGAGAUGAGGUUUUCAUCAAACUUGACGGAGGGAAGGCUCAUGGGGGCAACAACAACAAGUACAGCACAUUCUCUGGAUUCAUCAUCUACUCGGACUGAAGCUGUCUAGUCCAUCAGCUGUUAGUUAUUUCUGCACCCAAACUGCAAGGGAAGGGAGGCCAUGAGAGCAGCAUUGGGCUAUCUUGGACCUUGAUGUUCUUUCUAAUACCCAGUGCCCCAUGA